AUGACGGAACGGCAAUUGAAGAAGAUCCGCCCGCUUGGCAAACUCGAACAGCUCUCAGCAGUCGCCCAUCAUAUAGACUUCUUCACAAAUACUGGCCUUUCUGCACACUACGCACCAACACAGGCCUUGCCUGGCUUCGAUCUGGAAGAGACCGUCUACGGUGCCUUAUCACAAGUCCUCACCCAACAUCCGGUUUUGUUUGCGAUCCCAGUUAUAUCGGAAAAGGACGAACCGUAUUGGGGACGACUAGCCUCAAUCGAUCUCGAGAAAGCUGUGUCCUUUGUCGACCGAAGUCAGCCAUAUUUGACCGGAGAUCAAACAGACGACGAGCUCGAUUCACUGCUUGAACGCCAACACAACACACACUUCAAGGCUGGAUAUGGCACUCUACCUGUCUGGAGACUGAUAAUACUCAAAGACCAUGAUUUGAGCAAAGGAUUCACGACCUCAUUCAUUGCCCACCAUUCGAUGACUGAUGGAACUGGCCUUCAGAUUUUCCAUGACUCGUUCCAGAAAGCUCUUUGUGACAUCGAGUCCAGUUUCGCAGGUCACCUUGAUCGGGUUGUAUACUCGAAUGAUGCGCCGAUUGCUCCAUCACUCGAGGAGCUUCACCCUCUGCCAAUCCCGACGAACGCACCAGCAUCUCAUGAUGCAGAGCUGAAUGAGUGGAGAGGGACUCCCAUCUCACUACCCUGCGUUACACGUUACAAAUCACUCUCGUUUCCAUCAUACAUGAUGGGGCACUUUGUGCAAGACUGCAAAAAGCACAGAGUGGCACCAACAGCGGCUCUUCCGUCUCUUGUCGCCAGGUUGCUGUACAACAAUCUUCCACUGAUAGCUGAGGCUCUUACGUGCAACCUUCCAGUAAGCUUACGAUCGGACCUACCGCCAAAGCUGGUCGAAGGAAUUAUGGGUAACUUUAUCGAUGCCUUCAAAGUCCAGCUUCUUCGCUCCGAUUUGGACCAGGUUUCAGAUGACUCAAGUACAGGCGCUACUGGGAUCUGGAACCAUGCUAAGAAGAUCCAACAAGCUACUAGGAAUUAUUUUGCGAAUGCCUCACCUUCCGGAGAGCUAUAUGCAAAUGUCGCUGCACUUAAACUUAUCCCAGAUAUUGGCGCAGCCUUGGCCGGAUCAAUCGGCCAUCCUCGCGGAGAAUCUUUUGAGGUCUCAAACCUCGGGACCUUUUCACAGGCUAAGAACAUCAAGGGAGACGCCAAACUAUUAUGGCAUCGAGGAAAAGUGUUGUUGAGCCGAUGCGCAUAUGCUGGAGGAGCUCCGUUGGUGAUUUGCGUACUGAACAACGAGGAGUAUGUUGGGUUUGGCUUCACAUGGCAGGAUGGUUCUAUUGAGGAGAGCAUUGUCCAGGCUGUGAUCGAUGGCAUCACAACAUACUUCAACACUAGGACGUAG